AUGACUUCGCAGUUUGUUGACCCGCUCAUCCUCAUGCGCGUUAUCCGCACUGAAGCUCAUCGACGCCUUGCCUUUCUCAUAGCUGAAAAGUCUAUGCGGCGGAAGUUCAUCGGGGCCGCGGCGCGAAUCGUUGGUGCCGUGCCUGUGGGAAGAGCACUUGACAGCACAAAGCCUGCAAGUGGGAGGGUAUACGCACCCGAUCCUACCAACGAUUCCAGACUAAUAAGAGGGGUGGGAACGCGAUUCGAAAGCGAGGCGCAAAUUGGCGGAUUGAUCGUCUUGCCAUCCAUCAAUGGGAACGCCGCAAAUGCAGAAAUACUUGAGGUCAUGAGCGACCAAGAACUACGGCUGAAGAAAGACUUCAAGGAGGAGGUAGCCCUGAAGCAGCUCACCGGUCGGCCGUUUGAUUCAUCAGGUGACCGUUCAAAUGUUGAGGCAAGCAACCAAUUCAAGGGGAUAAACUUUAAAUUCGCGCCGAAAGUAGAUCAAAGCAAGGUGUAUGAUGCGGUCUUUGACCGCUUGCGAGCUGGUGGAUGCGUCGGCAUAUUUCCCGAGGGAGGAAGCCAUGACCGGACAGAGCUGCUACCCUUAAAAGCUGGGGUUGCCAUUAUGGCUCUUGGUUCACUAGCCGCAAACCCAGAUUCGGGUCUGACAAUUGUCCCUUGUGGGAUGAAUUAUUUUCAUGCCCACAAGUUCAGGUCCCGGGCUGUGGUUGAGUUUGGUAAUCCUGUCGAAAUUCCAGUGGAAUAUGUUGAACUGUACAAGAAAGGCGAAAGACGCGAUGCAAUAGGCAGAUUACUCGACUUAGUCUACCAAGCUCUCGUGACCGUCACUGUGACGACUCCUGACUACGAGACGCUGAUGAUGAUACACGCAGCUCGAAGGCUAUACAAUCCCCCGGGCAAGAAGCUUCCCUUACCUAUGGUCGUCGAGCUGAAUCGAAGGCUUGUACAAGGGUAUACUCACUAUCAGGAUGAUCCUCGCAUCAUCGACCUCAAGAAGUCUGUCAACGAGUACAAUAAGCAAUUAUGGCGACUCGGAGUUCGCGACCAUCAAGUCGAGUACGCGCGGUUUUCCGUGAUCAAGGUAGUUGUUUCGCUGUUCUAUAGAUCUGGCAAAUUAGCUGUGCUAGCCUUAGGAACAGUUCCUGGGCUUUUUCUAUUUGCUCCAGUGUUCGCCGCCUCGAAGCUGAUCUCCAUCAAGAAGUCUCGCGAAGCCCUCGCUGCAUCGACAGUCAAGCUGGAAGGUCGAGACGUCAUAGCAACGUGGAAGUUGCUCGUUUCUAUGGCGCUUGCACCAUCCCUCUAUGCAUUCUACUCGGCGGUUCUUACCUACUGGACCUACAAAAACCGCGUUCAGGGAUACGUACCCCUAUGGGUGCCACUUUGGUUUGUCCCAAUUCCUAGUAUUGUAUUUUUUAUCAGCAUCACAUUUGCAGCGCUCCGAUUUGGAGAGAUUGGGAUGGACAUCUUCAAAUCGCUCCGGCCAUUAAUUUUGUCUCUCAAUCCUAGCUCAGCAAAUACCCUUGUUAGACUGCGAAAAAGGCGGGAGGUUCUCGCUGAAAAAGUCACCGACAUGAUCAACACCCUGGGCCCAGAGAUGUUCCCAGAUUUCGACUCUACGCGUAUCGUCGCAGACCCUUUCCAUGAUUUGGGCGCCUUCAAGGAGACGGGCACGCCUAAAACGCCCACCUAUACUCGCACGCCUCCUCCUGGGCAGCCAACAUUUUCUCCACCAAUUAGACACAGCAACAGCGCUAGCAUUGGAGGUGGUACAUCUAACUUAGCCCACCUGCCUCGCAAUGAGUCCCUGCAUAACCUUGGUAGCAUUAGCCUGUUCGCUUCUCGACCUCCGAGCCGGAGCAGAAGUCGCAGCAACUCUAGCGGUGGGCUCAUGAGCAGCAGUAGCUUCCCAUUACAGCGCUUCAGCACGCUUGAUUCUAAGGAAGGGCUAGAUGAGGUGUCGAAGAAGAUUAGAGGAGCGAUGAGGGAGAGGGGCAAGCAAAGGCGCAAAAGUGAGGAGAACAACGGGGCUGGAAUAUUUGAGCUUACGAUGGACGAUGCGGAGAGUGAUAGGGAAACCCCCGAGAACUCAGAGGGGAGGAAGGAAACUUAA